AUGGAGAUUCCCGGCGGUGGUUCAGUUUGUUAUUGCGCCCGGGCACUCAGCCCGCUCAACCAAAGAUCCAUCCUUCCAUGUUCGGACCCGGCAUGUGGUGUCCGCCUCGCCACCGCAGUGUUUGCCUCCUUCAUCCGCACCAUAUACUGGUUCGGUGGCGGCAAACAACAACCAAAGCGCGUGGCUGGGAUGGUGGACACCGCUUGUUGCUGGUAUUGGUGGCUCAAGGCAUUCUUGGCCUACGGUGACAGUCAAGAAGAUUAUGAUGUGCUAGUAUGGGGAUUAGAUUCUCACCCUCCUGGUGGUUUUGUUAAUAUGUUGAAGAGCACACCACAAGUUGCAAGCAAUAGGACUGCAUCACAGGCAAUCCAUAUUGACAGUGACAACAAUGAUGCUGAUCACAGUAGGUCUGAAAAGCGCUUGACAUGGACAAAAGGGGAGAAUCUUAAAUUGGUUAGUGCUUGGCUGAUGAAUUCAAAUGAUCUCAUCCAAGCCAAUUAUAAGAAGAAUGAUCAGUACUGGAAUGGUGUUGUUGAAGGUUUUAACAGAACCGUCCCAAAAAAUCGAGUCAGAUCAGCUAAGCAAGUAAAGGAUCAUUGGUGGAGAAUUAAGCUAAGGGUUGGUUGGUUUUGUGGUAACUGGAAGGAGGCUGAUUCUAUGUGGGGUAGUGGUGAAUCAGAAGAUGAUGUAAUGAAGAAGGCACCGGCAAGUUACGAAGAAGAUCACAAAAAAGAUGAUCCAUUUGCGUAUAAGCAUUGUUGGGAAGUUCUUUCCAAGGAACCAAAAUGGGAAGCCUAUUUGGAACGCCUUAAAGAUCUAGAGCCAGAGAAGAGAAAGUUUAGUGUUGAUGAGGAAGUGGAGCAGCAGUUCUCUCUGGAUGAUGUUAGAGAUGAACGACCAAUGGGGGGUAGGAAAGCUAAAGAGCUGCGCAAGAAAAAGAAAAAGGACCAGCCUUCUAUAAUAGAUAUCGAAGAUGAGCUUCACAACUUUUUAGAUGCUCAAAAAGCUGCAAAUGAAGGGCGUACAGAGAUGUUAGAAACACAAAGGCAUGUGUCUAGUGAGAAGCUUGAAUCUCGGAGGCUUGCUCACCUUGCAGCAAAAGAAAACAAGGAGGCAGUUAUGCUAGAAACAUAUCGAUCGUUACUAACGCAAGACACAACUGGAAUGGAUGAAGAUGUGAAAGCCGAGCAUGUGUUGGCAUUGAGGUGCCUGAGGGAGAGCUUAUUUUAA